AUGCCCACUAAAAAACCAGCGGCUGCAGCUACCGAGCCAUUGCCAAAAACUAAACUAUUAAAUGACGGUAACAGGAUACCUAUAGUAUCUUUUGGUACUUUUGGUAGGGCACAGGAUAUACCAGAGAAAGUAAAACCGGCGGUUAUGCAAGCUAUUACAUCAGGCUAUAGACAAAUUGAUACUGCAGCAAUGUACAAAAAUGAAGAGCAAAUCGGUGAAGCAAUUGCUGAUGUAAUUAGUCAAGGAAUCGUGACGAGGGAAGAUUUAUGGGUCACCACGAAGGUUAACUUCGAUACAACUGAUAGAGAAGGAGUUCUACCAGCACUCCAAGCGUCUUUAAAGAAAUUAAAGUUAGAUUACGUCGAUUUAUAUUUAAUACACUCGUCGCUCAAUCCGUUGUCCUCUGAAGGUCAUGAUUACUUAAAUGUUUGGAAAGGCAUGGAGGAUGUCAAGAAGUUAAAUUUGGCUAGAUCUAUCGGCGUAUCUAAUUUUAACAGUUCUGAAAUAAACAGAAUUUUGGUGAACUCCAAUACAAUUCCUUCUGUUAAUCAAAUCGAGAUCGACCGUGGAACAGUACCAAUACCAAAAUCAGCAGACAUGGAAAGAAUUAAGUUAAAUAUAGACGUAUUUGAUUUUUCUCUGACUUCAGAAGAAAUUUACUCCAUCAAUGAACUCAAUGAAAACGCUAAAGUUUUUAACUUUGACCACGAACACCUCACUGCCAUAUUUGACUAUUUUGAUAUGUAUUAA